GAGAAGACCUUGAGACGGGAGGAGGUGGAAGCUCUUAUUGAGUCAGACCCUGUUUUCGACAACUCGGAUGUGUAUUCCAUCAGUCGACCAGAAAGAUAUCGCAGGGCCAUGCAGAAGCAGCGCAGGCUUCUGGAGCUUUCGGCGGAGGGGCGGGCGAAGCUUUUGGAGCUGCGCCGCGCAGUGCACGACGACCUGGGUACUGACCUCCAGACGCUGAUGUUCAUCCCCAACAUUCGGGCCACCUUCAGCGACGAGCAGCGAGCUCACUGGCUGCCUCGGGCUGAAGCCUGGGAGGUUGUUGGCUGUUACGCUCAGACAGAGCUUGGCCACGGCUCCAAUGUGCGUGGCCUGGAGACCACGGCGACAUACGUGGAGGAUGCUGAUGAGAUCGAGAUCCACAGCCCGACCUUGACUAGCACCAAGUGGUGGCCCGGUGCCUUGGGCAGGACGGCGAAUCACGCUGUUGUCUAUGCCCGCUUGAUCGUGAAAGGCAAAGACUUGGGCAUCCACAAUUUCAUGGUGCAGAUCAGAGACAUGAAGACGCACGAGCCUCUACCAGGUGUGCAAGUUGGUGAUAUUGGGCCGAAGAUCGGCUACAACAACCAGGACAACGGCUUUUGCCGCUUCAGCCGCGUGCGCAUCCCUCGGACCAACAUGGCCAUGAGGUUUGCAACACUGGAGCGCGGGGGCCACUACGCGUCGAAAAAGGAGAGGAGGGCCGCCUCCUACUCCGCAAUGACAAAGGUGCGUGUGGAGAUCACCAUGGGCAGCGGCCACGUCCUCAGCAAGGCCUGCGCCAUCGCCAUUCGCUACUCCGCGGUGCGCCACCAGGGCUUCACAGGCAAGGGUGAUGGUUCGGAGAUGUGUGUCCUCGACUACACCAUGCAGCAGCAACGUCUGCUGCCCCUGCUGGCCACGUCGUACGCUUUCCACUUCGCCGGGGCCACCAUGCAGGACCUCCUUGCAAGGGGUGAUGCUGAAGCGCUCCACGUGGCGUCAUCCGGACUGAAGGCGCUUUGCAGCCGCAUUACCGGAGAUGGCAUCGAGACCUGCCGAAGGGCUUGUGGUGGCCACGGAUAUUUGGAUGCCUCCGGACUUCCGCAUCUGCUGGGUACAUGGAUUCAGAAUGUUACGGUCGAGGGUGAGAACUUCAUGAUAGCGCAGCAGACUACGCGAGGGUUGCUGACUCUUGGCUCUGCUGUGGCGUGCGUUUCUGAGAUAAAGCAAACCUCACUGGAACAAGUUAGUUGGAUUCCAUCUGUCUUCUUGUCCAACUCGAUGGAAGCGUUUUGGCUUCGCCGGGGGACAUUUGCCACCUCUGCCCUGUUUGAUGUGAAAGUUUCACCUCGACCCCCAAACCAAGCCGGGACAAGGAAUCAGCAACCUAUGAUUAAGCCCAGCUUGACUCCAGAGGAAGCUCGUUUCUUCCUCUCCGUCCCAAGCAUCCUUCAAUGCGUGUGA